AUGAGCGACGACAAGAAGGCGGACCUUUUGGGGUUAGCAAAUGAGUAUGCGGACAAGAACAUUGACCUCUACGAGCUCCUUGGGGUGGAUGCUCUCACUCCCAAAGAAGACAUCCACCGAGCUUGGAGAAAGGCGUCUUUGAACUACCAUCCAGACAAGGCGCGCGAGAACUUUGAUGCAGCAAAAUGGGAGCUAUUCGAGAGGGCAAGGGACAUUUUGUCAGAUCCAAAUGCUCGCGCGGCUUAUGAUCAGUCCCUCAAGGCCAAAUUAUUGCGCAAGCAAGAACGCGAGGCUAUGGACAGGGAACACCAAAAGUUUGCCGACGACCUUGAGGCCCGCGAAAAUGCUCAUAAACAGCAGAGGCAACAGCAACAACAGCGAGAGCAGGAGAAGUUGGGUAAGGAGCGGGAGCGGCUGGCAGAGGAGCAGCGUCUCCAUGAAGAAGAAAAGAAGCGGCAGGCUGAGGCAGCGCAGGAAAUGGAGGACUUGGCCGAGGCUAGGAGACGACUCAAGGAAAAGAAAGAGGAAAAGGCAAGACGGAAGCAGGUCAAGGAGUCACUAAAGGCCACGGGCGCCGUUAAAAAAUCCUCGGGGCCCGCCAAUGGCGCCGUUCUGGUCCCUGGAGAUUAUCUCGUGGAUCUCGGCUCAGUAAAAAAGAUGUACUGGGAACUGGUUUGCGACAAGCUGCGGGCCGUUCAAGCGGUGAGAAACUUACAGAAGCUGGAUGUAACGAACAGUGAGGAGCUCGAAAACGCCGAGAAAGAAAUGAGGGAAGCCAGGCAACGAAUCUACGAUGCGGAGAUGAAAUUUCAGCAAGACGCCGCGGUCUAG